AAGGCAGCAUGUGGAAGAGCGACGCCCGUUUAUAUUAAAUGUGACUGUGGUGUUUUUAGAGUCACAGUUGUUCCAGAGAGGACAGACAGCGGCAGUGAGUGUGUCCAAGUGGUUACAGAGAGCCAGGAUGGCGGCUGCUACAUUCAUGAGUGCUGCUGAUACACUUGUUCUGCCAGAUUUGGGGCAGUGCAGGAAGGCAGAAGGUUCAGAAUACCUGGAGUGGGUGUCACGUUUCGUAUCCACCCACAGACACAAGACGAUAAGUUUGAAGAAACCAGCUGGUGCCUUGGUGAAGAUAGCAGGGCUUGAAGACACCAUUUACAGUGAGAAUGAUGAUGAGGUGAACGGAUGGGGAAAGUUCUACCUUCCUGACAUAGUGAACAUGCAGGUUGUAGGUGUGGUGGAGGGAACCUCAUGUCCAUGUGACCAGCUGGUUCUGAUGACAUGUGAGGACAAAAAGCUGUACGCCUACGAUGGAGAGGAGCUGCAUCUGGUGGCUUCAAGUCUGGAGCAACUUGGUGACAAGGAAAUAGAAUAUCCAGCAUCCAAGAGCUACUACAACGGGGAGGCCUUCGAUGAUAUGACGGAGGAGGACUGGGCAGCAGUGAAGAUGGGAGCUGUGGGGAGGAGGUUGGAGCAAGAGCAUCAACAACUGGUGUUAGCAAAUAAGUCCUCAUUCAUGAAGAGCCUGCAGUCAGCAGGACACAGUUAGAUGCUGGUGUCGGCCCCAAAGAAACGUCUUGGAUUCAUCAUCUUUAAAACACUCAGCAGAAAUCAUUAUCAUCUGCAGCAUGAAAUAUUACAGCUUGUUUCUCUUCUGACCACAUAGUAACAUCACAGCAAGGCUCGAUGUGUAGAAUGAUGGUUCUUAUAUUGUUCCCAUUUAAGUACGAUGUUGGAUUUUGAAUGAGUAGAAGCUCUGCAAACAGAAAUGCCAUUUUAGCUUUUAUUAAUGCAACUGAAUGAAAUAAAGAAUUCCUGUUUGACAGACAGUCCAGAUGUCAUCAGAACACAUCACCUCUUACUGUCAGCUACUGUCAGUGCAGUUCAACCACUUUCUGGCUUUCUUGCUCAUGUGUAAUAGCACUCAUUUCCACUGGCAUAAUUAAAGUGUUCACAGUUGUGACUUA